UGAACCAAACGUAAACAAACCAUCCUUGACCUUGAUGUGGGCAGGCGUGCGUCUCUAUAUUGACCUUUUUUGACCUCUCUCCUGACCUUGCGGGCGUGAUGGGGCGGCGAGGAGAGACCUGAAGGACCCGAGCACCCCCUGGCGGAAGGAGAAGGAGAGACAACACAAGUCCGGAUAAUCGAAGCCACCAAGCCAUACCCUACACCCAAGACACACCUCGAGACCGGAUAAUCGACAGAUCCGGAUAAUCGACAUCCCAAUCAUACGCCACAAACCUAGAAGAACCAACACACCGGAUAAUCGACAGACCUAGACAGCUGAGAGGGGGGUCCGGAUAAUCGCCAUGGCGGACAAGAUACAACGAACACUGGCACUCGUUAAACCGGACGCCAUCGACAGGUGGAACGAGAUAGAGAAAAUUAUAAUGGAUGAAGGAUUCAGUAUUGUUGACCGUCGUCGCCUACAGCUGAGCCGGCAGGAGGCGGAAGAGUUUUACGCCGAGCACCACCACAAGCCUUUCUUUAGGGACCUGAUCGCCUAUAUCACAUCGGGGGAAGUCAUGACGCUUAUCCUGGCCCGAGAGGACGCCGUGGCCCACUGGCGGCGUCUUCUGGGACCAACGCACGUGGGCAGAGCGCGCGAGGAAGCACCUGGGAGCAUUCGAGCUGUCUUCGGCAACGGCGCGGUACCCAGUCAAAAUGCGGCUCAUGGUUCUGACUCGCUGACCUCCGCGGCGAGAGAGAUCAAGUUCUUCUUCCCUGACUUGACCCUGGAGCCGGUGUUGACAGGGGAGGGUGCCAAGGAAUACCUCAGCCAUGCAGUGUCCCCAACCCUUGUCAAGGCUCUCACUGAACUCUGCAAGGUUCGACCCGAGGACCCGAUCGUUUGGUUGGCUGACUGGCUGCUCGUCAACAACCCCAACAAACCUCACGUGGGCGACGACGAGUGAGCUGGCAACACUGGCGGGACUCACACAUCUGGCAACUCUGAGAAGACACGCCUGGCAAAACUGGGGGAGAUUUGGCAACAUUGCAUAAGGUUGGAAGUAGAUUUGGCGACGUUUUUUAAGGCGUAGAACUGAAUUGGCAACAUUGGGUAAGAUUUGGUAACAUUGCAUAAGGUUGGAAGUAGAUUUGGCGACGUUGUGCAAGGCUUAGAACUGAAUUGGCAACAUUGGGUAAGAUUUGGCAACAGUGCUUAAGGUUAGAAGUAAAUUUGGCAACAUUGUGUAUUGCAUGGAAAUGAAUUGUCAACACUGGAAAAGAUUUGGCACCAUUGCAUAAGAAACUGAAUUGGCAACGCUGGGUAGAAUUUGGCAACAGUGCGUAAAGUUGGAAGUAGAUUUGGCAACGUUGUGUAAGGCAUAGAACUGAAUUGGCAACAUUGGGUAAAACUUGGCAACAUUGCGUAAGGUUAGAAGUAAAUUUGGCACCAUUGUAUAAGGUAUGGAACUGGCUGGCAACACUGGUGAAGAUUUAACAGCAUUGUCUAAGGUUUGAAUUUAGAUUUGGCAACAUUGCAUGAGGUAUGGAAUUGAAUUGGCAGCACUGAGUAAAAUUUGGCACUAUUGGGUAAGGCUCAGAGGUAGAUUUGGCACACUGGGUAAGACUUGGCAACAUGGCGCAACGUUCAGAGUAGAUAUGGCAACACUGGAAAAGUUCAGAUUAGGCAACAUAACGUAAGGUUUGAACUAGAUUUGGCACCAUUGCAUAAGGGACUUGGCAACGAUGUGCUAUAUGUUGUUAAUAACGUCAAGAGUCUAUUUACGUGAGGGUGAUGUGGCAACAGUGUUUGUGUCGUGGUGGUGACGUCACGAGGACUGUUGGCAACACUGUAAUUGCUGUGAGCGACGAAAGAAAGAAAUGUGGCAAUGUUGCUGAUUUCUUUCAUUUUUUAUUUGUUACCGACGAAGAGAUUUGGCAACAUUGUUUUUUGUGAUAACGUUAAAAAGAGGUAUAUUUGGCAACAGUGUCUUUGGUAGUGACGUUUAAGAGAGGUUUAUAUAUAUGGCAACAUUGUUUUUGACAGAUAUGGCAACGUUGUUUUUUUGGUAGAUUUUGGCAACAUUUUUUUUUUUUACUGAGAUUUAACAACAUUGUUUUUUGACAGAGAUUUGGCACCAUUGUUUUUCUACUGAGAUUUGGCAACAUUCUUUUGACAGAUUUGGCACCAUUGUUUUUUGACAGAGAUUUGACAGAGUUGUUUUUUGAUAGAUUUGGAACCAUUUUUAUUUGACAGAGAUUUGACAACAUUGUUUUUGAUAGAUUUGGCAACAUUGUUUUUUGACAGAUUUGGCAACAUUGUUUUUUGACAGAUUUGGCACCAUUCUUUUUUGAGAAAUUUGACAACAUUAUUUUUUUGACAGAUUUGGCACCAUUCUUUUUUGACAGAGAUUUGUCAACAUUGUUUUUUAUAGAUUUGGCACCAUUGUUAUUUGACAAAGAUUUGACAACGUUGUUUUUGAUAGAUUUGGCACCAUUCUUUUUUGACAGAGAUUUGGCAACAUUGUUUUUGAUAGAUUUGGCACCAUUGUUUAUUGACAGAGAUUUGGCAACAUUUUUUUGACAGAUUUGGCACCACUUUUUUUGGACAGAUUUGACAACAUCGUUUUUUUGACAGAUUUGGCAACAUUGCUUUUCGUUAUGACGUUAAGGAAUUUUUUUCCAUAUUUGGCAACAUUGUUUUUGACAGAGAUUUGGCACCAUUAUUUUUUUUGACAGAAAUUUGGCAAUAUUGUUUUUUAUGACGUUUAAGAGAAGUUUUUAUAUAUUGCAACGUUAUUUUUCGACAGAGAUAUGGCAACACUGCUUUCCUUGAUUAUUUUUGUAUUUUCAGUUGGUAACACUGUUCUAUUUUAUGUUAGGGUGGCACCAGUUAUUAUUUUUAGAUGGCAACACUGUUUUCCUUCUUAUUUAGACACACUUACUUUUUUUUAUAUGGCAACAGUGUUUUCUUUUUGUACUUAGUUGGCAACACUAAAUUCAUAGAUGGUAACACUGUUUUUCUUCUUCUUAUGUUUAGUUGGCAACACUGUUAUUCUCCUUUGUAGAUGGCAACACUGUUUUCAUUUAAAGUUAGAUUAUUUUUUUUAUAUAUUUUUCAAGAUGGUAACACUGUUUUAAUAUGUUUAGCUGACAACACUUACUUUGUAUUUCUUUUCGAUGGCAACACUGUUUUUCUUAUUUUUUUAUCUUACUUCUUGUUUUUCAUAAUUUUUUUUUUAGAUGGUAACACUUGUUUUAUGUAUGUGUAUUAAGCUGGCAACACUUAUAAAACUUGCCAAUGUACACACUCUCUCUCUCUCUCUCUCUCUCUCUCUCUCUCUCUCUCUCUCUCUCUCUCUCUCUCUCUCUCUCUCUCUUUGUCUCUCUCUCUCUCUCUCUCUCUCUCUCUCUCUCUCUCUCUCUCUCUCUCUCUCUCUCUCUCUCUCUCUCUCUCUCUCUCUCUCUCUCUCUCUCUCUCUCUCUCUCUCUCUCUCUCUCUCUCUCUCUCUCUCUCACCGCGGCCUUCAAAAACACAAAAAACAGGUCACAAAUUGCCUAUAUAUUUUAGACCUAAGGAAAUAUUGGAUUCAAAAGUUGUGAAGUAUAGCUAAAUAGUUUCUUUCUUUCUUUCUUUCUUUCUUAAUAUGAUAAGGGAAAGUAUGUUAUUAGAGAGAGCGUGAUAGAGUGUCUGUGAUUUGAAGAAGAAGAAGAAGAAGAAGAAGAAGAAGAAGAAGAAGAAGAAUAUAUAUUUGAAUAAAGAACAGAAUAUACAAAAACAAAUAAUUAGUGUGAUAAAUAUAUAUAAAAUUAGUUAGUAAGAAUUUUAAUGUAUGUAUGUAUGUAUGUAUGUAUGUAUGUAUAUGGAUUUAGCGUCACAAAUAUACAUGAAAGAACUA